AUGGUCAACUUUUGCAUGAUUAUCCGCCCUCCUCUUAAGAGUCCUGAGGCCGACUGCAUUGAUGAGGUUUGCAAGAUGCGGCUUGAAGUCACUAUCAACCACACGGACCAUGAUGUCCUGUGCAAGAGCCCCAUCGUCGUGUCGUUCGAGACUAAGCGCUCCGGGGCCGACCUCGAGAAGGCGACGGUGCAGAUUGGGAACAUGGCACCCGUCGCAGUGGCGGGUUGGUCUUUUGUUGCGAGCGCCAUCAAAGAUGGAAGAGCCGUCCUCUAUAGAGAGGUCGAGCUCGGGAAGACGUCAGCCGGGUUUGGUAUCAUGACCACGCCUGUCGCGCCACAGCACCUUGCACGUUGGGCAGAGAACUCGUAUUGGCCAAUUUUCAAGUCUGAGAUUCUUGACACAUGA